UUUUGAACUGCUUAGAAGGCAGUGCAAGUGCUACCCUAACUAGAGUGAAUAAUUUUCUUGAAGUAUUUUUAGAUAUUGGCCACCACAACGGCAUAUCUGUGAUUACUCAUUCCACGGCUAGUACCUGAAAAGUAUCCGUUUUAUGCCUUUACUAAUCGCAACGAAGAAUUUAUGUGAUAACAUUUUUUUGAGUGGUACAAACAUUCCACAACGAUUCUUCUGCUGUUGAAUAUCAUCUAUCAUUCCAUGCUAUCUACUCCAAAUUCCUCAUGUAUUUUAAUUCUAAGCUGAAAUUGGGAGUAGAUUUUCUAGCUGACAGCUGCUGAGCUAAAUGCUAAAUGCAGAGCUACUUCUUAUAAGCGCGUAAAAUGGAUCUUGGCAUUGAAUCCCACAGAUGUGGUUACUGGAAAUUUUCAGCUGAAACUUUUAUCUUGGCUUUGCUUUUGAAGAAAUCACAAGAAGUACACAGCGGCUUUGUGCUCGCUGUGCUCUUCUAAUGUAGUGGAAAUGGCUGCGUUGGCAAAUAAUCGCUACAUAGUGCAAGUGUUUGUGGGAUCCCUUUCACAGCACUAUGAGGCCCUCUCUGUGGAAGCAAGUAAACAGACUACAUCAGAUGAAAUUGUGUCAUGUAUUGUGGAGCGGCUUUCAUUGGCCGAAUCUGCACAUAAUUAUGAACUUGCUGAGGUGGUAGGUGAUAAGUUGGGCCAGGAAUGUAAGGAACGUCGUCUAGGACCAACAGAGAGUCCAGUGGCUUUAAUGCUUUUGUGGCCAAAGGAGUCUGAUAAUCAACAGUGCUACAGGUUCUGUUUACGGGAAAAGAUAAAUGAAGCCUUCUGGGAGAACUCAUUUUCUGUGGAUCCACAGUUAAUAAAGGACUACUUUCAGCGUUUCCUCUACCAACCUCAAGACAGAGAGUAUCCAGAUCUCUGCCAGCUCCCUGAUCUCAAUGAACAGACCUUACUUGACAACUUGCGAGCUAGAUUUUCAGCAGGCCACAUUUACACCUAUGUGGGCUCAAUCCUUAUUGCUGUUAACCCAUUUAAGUUUCACCCUAUAUAUAAUCCAAAGUAUGUCAAGUUAUACCAAAACAGAAGAUUAGGCACAGACUUCCCCCCUCACAUAUUUGCUGUUGCUGAUGCUGCAUAUCAUUGUAUGCUACGUGAGAGAAGAAAUCAAUGUGUUGUUAUUAGUGGUGAAAGUGGUUCAGGAAAAACUGAGAGCACAAAUUUUCUUUUACAUCAUCUCACUGCUCUUAGUCAGAAAGGGAGUCAUGGAAGCGGAGUUGAACAAACAAUUCUUAGUGCUGGACCGGUGCUGGAGGCUUUUGGUAAUGCUAAAACGGCUCACAAUAACAAUUCAAGUCGUUUUGGAAAAUUCAUCCAGGUCAAUUAUAAAGAAAAUGGAAUGGUUCACGGUGCUGUUGUCCAGAAGUAUCUUCUUGAAAAAUCCAGAAUAUGUUCACAAGGGAGAAAUGAACGAAACUACCAUGUCUUCUAUUACCUGCUGGCAGGGGCCUCAGAAGUUGAGAGACAGCUGUUGCAUUUGAAACGAGUUGAUCAGUACAACUACUUGAACCGGAGUGGAUGCUUCACAUUAGAUAAUGUGGAUGAAAAGUAUGAGUUUUCUAGACUGCGCCAGUCUAUGGAAAUGGUAGGAUUCACACUUGAAAAGCAAAGAAGGUUAUUUGCUGUGCUCUCUGCUGUUCUACUCCUUGGUAAUGUUGAAUUCCAACCAAGAAAAUCAGCUUACCAUCAUGAUGAGUCUGUUGCUGUUAAAAAUCCAGAAAUUGUGAGACUCAUAUCUGAUUUGCUCAGAGUAAAGCAAGAAACCCUCCUUGCUGCACUCACAGCCAAAAGAGCCCGUGCCUCUGGGGAAACUCUUAUAAUUAACUAUAGACUGCCUGAGGCUAUUGCUGCUCGAGAUGCAAUUGCAAAGUGUUUGUAUGGUGCUUUAUUUGACUGGAUUGUUCUUCAAGUGAACCAUGCUCUCCUGUCCAAGAAAGACACACUCCGAGACCAUCAGGGUAACUCAAUUGGAGUUUUGGACAUUUUUGGAUUUGAAGAUUUUGGAUUAUGUAAUAGCUUUGAACAAUUCUGCAUCAAUUAUGCCAAUGAGCAUUUGCAGUACUACUUCAACCAACAUGUGUUCAAAUAUGAACAAGAAGAGUACCGUAAGGAAGGCAUUUGUUGGACUGAUAUUGAUUUCAUGGAUAAUACAGGCUGUUUGCAAUUGAUUGAAGGGAAACCCUCAGGACUCUUGUGUGUUCUUGACGACCAGUGCAAUUUUCCUGGAGCAACAAAUGAGACUCUUCUCCAAAAGUUUAAUUCAGUUCAUAGAGAGAACAGUUUUUAUGAAGUUCCACAGAAAUGGGAAGCCGCUUUUAUCAUUCGCCACUAUGCUGGCAAAGUGAAAUAUCAGGCUGCUGAAAUGCGCGAGAAAAACUUAGACCUGAUGAGACAAGAUAUUGUUGGAGUGUUGAAAAAUAGUAGCAUGGCCUUCGUUAGAGAGUUGGUCGGAGCUGACCCAGUAGCAGUCUUUCGAUGGGCAAUUGUGAGAGCCUUUUUUCGUGGAUAUUUUGCUUUUCAUGAAGCAGGAAAACGCCACAGACAAGAGAGGGCAGAUGGAACCAAAUCAAAUUAUGUCCAUCUUCGCUGCCGUAAUCACACUCCAAAUGAAAAUAUCAUUAGCCAUCUAGUGACAGUGUCAGCUGUGAACCUCACUAUUAACAGGAUAGCCUUUCGUCCCAAGAACAAAUACAACCAGGAGCUUGAGAAAGAUGGACGCUAUCAUAUGCAUCAUCCUGCUAGUCACAAACGAGUGGCAACUGUAAUUAGUGAGCAUAGUGUGUUCAGCCAACAUAGUCCUAACAACCGGAACCAUCGUUUGUCUUGGCCCCAGUUGAGUUUAUCUCAUGAAGAUAAAAAUAAUUCAAGCAAUGAAUCAAAAUCCUCCCUAUCUGGAUGCAAGGAAAUUGAUUCUAAAUGGGUGCCCACCUCCAAAUGUUUGUGUCCCGAUGAGGCAGAAGUUAUGAAUCGUGCCAACCAGAUAGUCAUGAAAAACAAGUCAUUUAGACCCCGUGAACGUGGAAAGAAAGGUUUAAAAAAUCUUCAAACAGUCAAAACACUUGCUGGGCGAACUCAGAGUUACUCUCAACAGCCUGGGAAAGCUAGAAAACAACCCAUGACUGUCACAGCUCAGUUUCAACAAUCUCUGCACUCACUCAUGGAUACAUUAAAUCAAGCAAAUCCCUUCUUUAUUCGAUGCAUAAAAAGCAACGGUGACAAGAUUCCUAAUAAAUUUGAUGAGGAAACAGUUCAGAGGCAGCUGAGGUAUACUGGAAUGCUGGAAACUGUCAGAAUAAGACAGGCAGGCUACAAUGUGCGACUCACGUAUGAUGAGUUCAUACAGCUUUACAGAAUAUUGCUGCCAAGAGGCCUAAAGAGCACACAUGCUGAUGUCAGAACUUUUCUGCUCACAUUAAACUUAAACCGAGAUAACUACCAAACUGGUGAAAGCAAAAUGUUUCUCAGAGAGUGCGAAAAGCAGAAACUAGAUUUCAAGCUACAUCGCCAAAUCAUUGCAGCAAUUAUAAGCAUUCAAAGAUGGUUCAGGGGAAUACUUGAGCGGCGUAAAUUUUUGCGGAUCAGAGAGGCUGCCAUCACAAUACAAUCUUGUUGGCGCAUUUUUCUCUCUCAGCGCAACAUGCAACAUCUGCAGUACACAGCUGCUGCCACUGUCAUUCAGAAAAAUUGGCGAGCUUAUCAAACUGUCCUUUGGUUCCGUCGACUCAAAACUAGUUUAGUCAAUUUCCAGGCUUAUGCCCGCGGCUACCUUGCUCGCCAAAGAUUACUUGCUGCUCGACAUAACCGCCAGUUAUCCAAAGAAACCAGCCUAGAAGAGCAACAUGAAACUGAGAGCACUGUAUUCUAUGAUGACAGUGAUACUGACAAUGUGGGGGCUGAAUUGCUCAAAAGGAACUUCAAGCCAUCCCGUCACCACCGUGUUGAACAACCUGAUCCCUUGCAACAUGAUACAGUCCAGGACAAAAAAUCCAUUGAUCUGAGGGAUGAGGCUGUAGGCUUUGACUUAAAAUAUUCAAAAAGAAAAUUGACUCAAAAGCAAAAGCUGAGAUCUAAGACUGAUACCUUUUUUGAUAAUGCUUCAUGUGUUGUGUCUGAGAGGAAAGGGAGCUGUGACUCUUUGGCAUCUCAAAGAAGCAGUGAUUCUCAGUCAAGCACUACUGUUCGCGAAACACUGCAUGUUGCGAAGAAGCAACUGCAAGCAUUUAUUGGUGGAAAGAGUAGCAUUAAAAAGUUAGAAAGUAGCACACUUUUAGCUCAAAGUGACAGUGAAACUGAGGAGAAUCAUGGUGAAGUGUCAAGCGUGUGGAAAAGACGUUCAGGUCAUCAACCUAUUUCUCGCCAGCCUCAUGUCACUCAGACACAUACUCAUACUCAUUUUGGUCAUCAUGCUCCUGGAGUUCAACCAGUCUCACCUGUGCAUUCCACUCACAAACAUGAUAUGGGUGAGCCUAACCCAAGAGUUUUGCAGAGAAGAGCACUCCGAGAUGCAAAUGGCAGCAGUGGAGACUUUAAGCAUGAUCGUGAACCAGAAGUUCCCACUCGCAUGGCUAGAAGACGAGAUCACAUUUGUCGUAGUAUGGGUGAAGAGUACACGGAUGGCCGAAGUAAAACUAAUGAUGGUCCACCUCCCAUAACUGAAGGUUCAAUUAGCAAAAUAACUGUGUGGCCUGCUAAAGCUAGAGAAAUUUUGGAAUCAAAUGUUGAUUCAGGGUUGCCAUUUUCCUCAUCUUCUGGGCCCCAAGUUACAUUAUUAGCUGCAAAGCGUAAUCGUAGUUCUGGAGCUGCUCAUUCUCAUUCAAGUUUUGCUCUCCUAGAUGUCAAGAGAAGAAAUAGUGAUCCUGCUAACCAAAUUGGUUCUCCUCAGAGUCCCCCCAAAACACAACAUCAGUCGUCUGAUGUUUUAGAAUGGAAAGGGACAACAAUGUUCACAAUUGCUAAUCACAGCUUUCGUAAACAAGCAAGGUUUGCCAAAGGAGAGUGCUGUACUUAUUGUUUUACACCCAUGGAUGCCUUUGUCACUCAAGGAUUUAAAUGCUCAGAUUGCAAGCAGGUUUUUCAUACCAAGUGUAUCCAAAAUGGCGGGGUUUUGCAAAUGCCCUGUCCGACUCCCCAUCCACAGGGUGCUGCUGUGAAACCUGGUAGAAGAAAACCUCGGAAGAAUGCUAGAGCUCCAACUGACGCCAAACCUAUUGUAGAAAGCAGAUUUUCUCUUACUGGUACUUCACAGUUCACUGAUAGCCAGGAUAAAAUUAUCUCUGAUGCUAAAGAGUUGCAACUAAUGCAUGACUUUAUAAAUUCAAAGAUUUACAAAAUGGAAAGCUUAGAAGGACAGAAGCCAAGUCGAGUUGAUCGAGUUUUUAAGCAAGCAUUGCGAGAAUUUAAAGAUAAUUUGGUUGCCACGUACAGUGUAGUGAAUAAACAAGGCCCAGAGACACUAAACAUCAAAUACAAGGAUUUAAUUGCAAAUUUUAUGCAUGUGAUGGAGACUGUGUGUAACCAAGAAAAUACAAGAGAGGAUUUUCCUGUAACUAUGGGUGUGAAUGCAUUUCGUGGUUUUAUGAAUGAAUUCAUGAAUAGAUCAAUUACUGAAAAGGAAAAGCCAGGUCGCAAACGCAAGAAAGAAAAGGACAAAGACAAAAAGAGAAGAGGAGACGAGCCAAUCAGACAUGGAGGACACACCUUUAUGCUCACCAUCAUUAAUAUACCCACUGCUUGUGAAGUUUGUAGCUCCUUCUUUAUGUGGCCAAUUGAGCGAGGACUGGUUUGUCAAAAUUGCAAGCUGACAUGUCACAAGAAGUGUUAUUUCAAAGUAAGCUCAGAUUGUGGAAAAGAAGCUAUGGGCUCAGGUACAGAUGGUGUUUGUACCCACAAGAUAUUUGGCACACCUUUGCAUCAGUUAGUGAGUGGAGACAUAAAGGUUCCAAUUGUAGUGGACCGGCUCAUUACCACUAUUGAAAUGUAUGGGUUAUACACUGAGGGAAUCUAUCGCAAAUCUGGGGUCACAUCAAAAGUAAAAGAAUUAAAAGCUCGAUUAGAAGCAAGUGGAGAUGGCAGUAGUUCUGGAGUGCAUGAUGAACCUGUUGACUUUGAGACAUAUCCUAUUCAUGUUCUUGCAUCUGUCCUUAAAUGCUUUUUGCGUGAGAUGCCUGAACCUCUUUUGACCUUUGAUUGUUAUGAGGACUUUCUGAGAGCUGCUAAUCUCACAGAACCAGCUGACAGAGUAUCUACUUUAUAUGCAAUUUUGAAAAAAUUACCAAAGCCUAACUUUGAUCUGAUGGAAAGAUUAAUUUUUCAUCUAGCUCGAGUUGCUCUACAUGAGGAUACCAAUAGAAUGAGUCCCAGUGCUCUUGCAAUUGUCUUUGCACCUUGUGUACUACGGACCAAUAAAGUGGUCCCUGCUCAAGAUUCUCUUACUGAUAUAAGUCGCCAAACACAAUGCAUUGAAACAAUAAUUUCAGAGCAGCUGAGAAAGGUCCGAUCUACUCUUGCAGAUAUUGAUACAUUGGAUGAGGCUUGUCACACGGCAACUCAUCGCUUGUCUUCCUUACGGAGUUCCAAGAUCUUUACUCCAGAAGAGCUGCUGCCUGUUCGAACACCCACACAUGAUGAGGAGGCAAUACUUGUUGGUCACAUUCAAGAAAUGGAGAAAGAAAAGGCUUUGUUGACAUCAGCCUUGCCUAGUCUUACUCGUGCUUCUUCUGAUGAUGAUCUACUGUCAACUGAUAUGGAUGAUGGUAGUCUCGAUGAUGGUGCUGAAAUAGAGAGUGAAGGGGGUAGACACCACAGACGUAUUUUAUCCAGAACAGAAGAUGAUCAUGGUCCCCGCCAGUAUUCUGCUGAUGGAACUCCUAAACAAUCAUCUUCGUCAUCCCACUUAAGUGUUACCUCUCGUUAUUCAUCUUCUAACGAUUGUGAUGAGGACCCCAUUAUGGUAUGAUACGCUUAAUUUAGCUCCUCCUGCUGGACAUGUGGAGCUAAUUGUGUUUUUCCUUUCCAUAUUUUAAAAAACUGUUAGGAGGAUGUCUUCAGUUGUUCUCCAUUAAAUAAAUUGUAAGUUUUGUUGAACUUUUUAAUUAAGGGGUUUCUUAAUGAUCUAAAAGAAAUUUUAAUAGUCCCUAUACAAUUAUGCUGCCAAGACAGAGUUCAUUGUACUUUUAAGAAAUAUAUUUUUUAAACUUAAGUGUCUAAUUCCAAUGUUAUAAGUUAGUUGAUUUAGCUCAGCGACCGUUAAAGAGUAUGUUAUAUGAAGCAUUUAUAAUUGUGGAUGAAAACUUUCUUUUCUUCAAUUUUAUUAUGUAUAAGCAUUAUCUGUGUUGUAGUUUAAAGUCAGUUGUAUCUUUUAAUGCUUUGAUGAGUGGUUCCAGUGAUUGGUAGUUGUGGUAGGUCAAUGCCAUUUGUGUUAUGUGUCUAGAACAAAUUUAGUGAUAACUAUUCUUUACUGAAUCUUGCCCUCUUUCAUUGUUAAAAUUUUCAACUUUCAUGAUAUUUUGAGGGUUUAUGGAUUAUAUUGACCCGGCCUGUUGGAAUUUGAAGCUCAUAACAGUGUUCUUACUCAGUCUAACUCGAAGAAAAGUAAUAUUUAUAUUUUAUAUAGCGGCACAGCAAGAAGUGCGUGAACAAAUGAAUAAUUGUGUUAUCUUGCCUGCGCUUGAUCAUACACUGGAUUUAUCAUUUCCAUUUCAUUUGUGUGCAGAGUAGUUGGGUGUCUUGUGUGUUAUUGUGUGUAAGUAGUAAUUUGAUUGUAAAUGCAAUUUGACACCAAAGAUUAAAUUUGUUUGUCUUGGAAUACUUAUUCCAUGUUACAUAUCAUGCUCUUUCUGGUUUUUAGGUAUCAAAUUUUUGGAGGUUGUCAGAACUAUGUUACCCUGUUGUGUCCGUUCUGUGAACUUUACGGUAAUGAGUGCUUUCAAUAUACAUCUAGUGUUGUCACCAAAUACAGUCAUUCUUUUAAAGUUAUAUGUGGUCACCAUCCUUAUCAUACUUGUAUUUCAUAUAGGAAAGUUCCUAUAUACAUAAUUUUCUGUAUUUAUUGAACUGACAUUUUCUUCUUCAGUACAAGCUAUUUUUGAAUACUUGUGUUUGUGCACAGUUGAAAGUUACAAUCUCAUGAACAAAACAUAUAGUUGUGAAACUUAUUCCAAUCUCAGAAACAACAGAUAUCAUACAUUGUGGCUUUAUGUGUUUGAAGUAUAUGAGUAUGUUCUGUCAACCUUACAAAACUGCAAACUUUUAUUGAACAUGUUAGUUCAUAACAAUAUGAACAGUUCUGUUCCGCAACGUCUAGUUUUCAUUUAUGGAGUGUGAUAUUCUCCUUUGUUUCUCUUACUCCUAUUUUUCUCUUUUACUAUCUAGAAAGGAAGGUUUGUGAUAAUCUUUUCUUAUACUCUGUUCUUCAUUUUGUCUGCAUUAAUUCCCUCAUUGGAUUUAUAAAUGGACGAGCUCAUCUCAAAAUGGUGUCUCGCUAAAAUGGUUUUUUUUCGUGUUUUUUUUUUUAAAUUUUAUUAUUUUCACAGUACUGGAUAUGGAGAACGAAGUCAAAAGCAACUUUAGAUGCUUGCUCAUAACCAAUAUUGUAUUAUAUUUUUCAAGGAAGAGAUCAAGUUUGUUGUAUUAUAGUCUAUGGUUGCAAAAUAUGUUAUUUUCUGCUAUGGUCACAUCAAUGCCACUUUAUUUCUGGCAUUUUUUUUUCUUCCAUAGUUUAGAAGGGGUGUUCAUUUGUAUUUGAAUAGAAUGACAUGGGAAGUCAGAAACCUUCUCUUAAUAUUUCCAUGACAUAGAUAAUUGUUUGUCUUCCCACUUUUUCUCUUUGUUAAAAUUACGCUCAUAUAUUGGCUUCUUUAUCUGAGCUUGCACAAAAUUCAACUUCUUGUAACUGCAGUGUAUCGGUAUGUCUGAACGAAGCGAAACUAGGAACUUCCUCUUAUGCUACCUGAAUUUUUAAGUAUCAAAUAAGAAAUGUUAAAGUACUUCUAAAAAGAAUGCGUACUUCUAUUGUCUCAACACAAAAAUAUUCUGUAUUUGCUUUUGUAUUCUUAAUUGAAUUAUUUUGGUAUUGUGUUUUAUAAAUAUUUUACGCCACUAAGAUUCAUAACUAUUAAAUGUAUGCCCAUCUCUUAGUCUUGAAUCUGCAUUUUUUAUUUGGGUUGUAGUUAAUGAUGAAUAAGAAGCUUUCUUAACUCGUAUAUCUUUCUUCUUUAUGCUGCUCAACUUUUUAAUUAAUUUCCAUGAGACUUCUGUAGUUGUUAGUUGAAUGCUGCAGAGUCAGACUGUGUUAUUGUACCUGCCUUCCUUCCAUUGUCUGUUUUUCGAACCAACACUUUUAUCAGUCGCCUGCAUCAUGACUAAGUAAAAGCUUCACCAAUAAUCCUUUCUGUGGUCCAUUAAACGAAGUAGGUGUGCCAUUAGUAGUACCAUAUAGUAUCAAAUGGCAGUCCAACUACAAAUUCUUUUUCAUUUUCAUUUUUUUAAAAUUUGAUUGGAGUAUUGGGUAUUUCUUUUGUUUUGAUUUACUGAGUAAUUUUUUGAUCCAUACUGGAGAAGUGAUUGUUGUACCUAUUUCCUUUAUUUACAAAAGCAACACUGCUGCUUCUAUUUGAGGCAAAACUCAUCAACUUCCUCACAGCUCUUUACUUUAUAUGUAAACACCGUUUAAUUGCUUAUUUCAAACAAUUUGCUCAUUUUUGGUGUGAAGCUAGUGUUUAUUCUGUAAUGCAAUUAAGUAAAUUGUGAAUACCAUCUUAAUGAAAGGUAUAUGGAUCAGUUCAUUGUCCUAUAUCAUGUUAAUCAUUUGCAUUCUGUAGUAAAGGAUGUGCCAUGAAAUAAGAUUUAUGUAUUUCCUGCAGGGCAUUGCAGGGUGUGCUUUACAAUUAGAGGCAUCUUCUGGUAUUGAUGCGGCGAACAUGUGUCUUUCCGUGGUAGGUUUCCAGACUUGUGUGAUUUUUUUUCCCUUUUUGUGUUAUCCAUCUUCACCUCCAAUAUUAUGCAUCACUUACUAUUGUUAUUUUACUUGAUGAUUGGUUAUGGCUGAUCUGUUCUGUUGUUGUGUACUUAUAAUGUUUAUAAUGUCAUGUUAUAUUUCUCUGUGUAUUACUCCAACUCAUUCAAUAUGUUUACUAUCUUUCAAUAUUUUAACAACGAACUUCCAUUGGCUAGUUAGACAUUUUUAACUCUAGUUUAUCAUAAUUUUCCAAUCUUUAUGUCAUAAUUUGCACUGAUUGGAUAAACUCUAUGCAAUUAAGUACUGUGUGUAUAUGAUCUGUUGCUCCCUUUAACUUAUUUGAUGUUUUCCAGACCAACCAUUUUUAAGACUUAUGUUUAAGAUGAAAUACUCACAUAAUUCCUGUUGUAAAUACAAAGGCUAGUGUAAUUCCAAAAUUAUGGGAAUGUUUUUAACAGAAGAGGCCAGAUCACACACAGGAGUUCUACACUUGUUAAGAAGGCUUUUCCAGUAUGCUUGUAUUUAAUUAUCUUAUUCGUCUCAUCAAUUUUUAAGUUUGAUGAGUGUGCAUUACUUGGAUCCUUGAUACUCCAUAUUGGUGGUUUUCUUAUUUAUUAAUCUAUUUUGUGUGGUAAUUUAAUCAAAAUGUAUUAGGUGGUUGUUUUAAUCAUGUGGUUUUCAUGAAGAAAUCCAUUCUUGUGCAUUUCUGUAUUCUACAUUUCUAGAUUUCAUUCUCUGUUCCAUGUUAAGUUGUCUAAUGUGAUUGCUGUAUGCCCUUGUUCUUCUUUAUUUUAUUUUUGUAAUCUAUUGUACUUUUUAAGACUUGUACAAAGGUACUGGUGAGUCAGUGACUCACUGCUCCAUGAUGCUCUCUAGUCAGAGAGGAAGUUUGUUACAAUCUAUUUAUAUCCCAUGUGUUACUUUCAAGCUGGACUAACCAUGCAGUUGCCUUUGUUAACUCUCAUUUUCUUCCAAUUGCCUGCCAGGUUUAAUGUGAUUGAUCUGAAUGUGUGAUUUUGUUAGGUAAUGAUUAUGACUGUAAAAUGGUACGGCAUGUUAUGAAUUGCAAAAGUGGUAAUAGUUUAUUAUAUCUGUUUGUAUGAAAAGUGUACAGAAAUAAACAAUAAUUAUAUCACUUA